UGGAAGUUACAUAACAUGAUAAACAAAUUACAUAGUACUGACUGCAAACAAAAAUAAAAUAAAAUGCAAAACACUUUCGUAUCGAACCAAAAAUCGAAUCUUUAGUAACAAAAUCUCAGUCGACAGAAUCACGAAUAACCAUUAAUUAUAACAACAAUACCCAUUUACAUACGGGAGAGUUUGUAUCGGUGAAAGAUGAUCCCCAACCCAAGAACAUUUUUAAAAUGAAUCAAAAGACCACAGCUAGAACAUGGCUAAACUGAAUAUCGUUCGACCGGAAAACAAUGAAUUUGCCGGAAAAAUCGUCGGAACUCAUGUACCUACGGUAGAAAAUCAUAACCAAAUUUGGAGCUGAUGUUGAUCAGAUCGUGACCUAAACUUAAGAACCCCGUUACAGAGUGGACCACAAGAUCCAAAUGAGAAAGUAACAAAGCAGGACAGAAACGCUAAAACUAAACAUAGUAACCGGAGAAAUUGUUGUAGCUGAGAUUUGUUGAUAGAUAAGUGUUGAAGAUGUUAGAACGACUUGAUUUCUUCUCUUAGUCAGAUCACAAACCAUACUUACACUAACAACAAAAAAUAUCUUACUUGAUAUGAACCCAAGUUCCGACACUAGGAAUACCUUUAUCCAAAUUCCGACACAUAUAAAGUAUCUUACUUGAUUUUGAUCAUCUAAAUGUAGACGGAAACUUGUUCAUCUUUGCGAAUAACCGAGCUAUCUUAUUCGACUACAAGAAAAACUCGAUCGUAAGAACGUACCCACAAAUACCUGGUGGGGAUCCAAGAAACUACCCAAGUUCAGGCUCCUCAGUACUUCUUCCGUUGAGCGCUGCUGGCACUGAAGCUGAGGUCUUGAUUUGCGGCGGUGCACCGAAAGGUUCGUAUGCUCAAGCCAAUAAAGGAGUUUUCGUUACAGCCUUGAGGACAUGUGGGAGAAUUAAAAUAACUGAUGCUUCACCGCAAUGGGUCGUGGAAAAUAUGCCCACAGCUAGAGUCAUGGGUGAUAUGACUUUACUUCCUGAUGGCAACGUUUUGAUUGUCAAUGGUGCUUCAAGUGGGACAGCCGGGUGGGAAAUUGCACGAAACCCUGUUCUAAGUCCGGUCAUUUAUCGACCAGAUAGCGCAGUCCGAUCAAGAUUUCAAGUCCAAAAUCCAUCAAAAACGCCAAGAAUGUAUCACUCUACAGCAGUUUUACUGAGGGAUGGUAGGGUCUUAAUAGGAGGUAGUAAUACUCAUGUUGGUUACGUUUUCUCCGGAGUUGAUUUCCCGACUGACUUAACUUUAGAAGCGUUCUCACCGGCAUAUUUGGGAACGGAAUUCGCCAGUAUCCGACCUACCAUUUUAUUGCCCACAGCACAAACAAGUCUAAACUAUGGAGAGAUUUUAAGAGUUCGAUAUAGGAUUUCAGGUACACUUAGCCCACGGAAAGUAACCGUGACAAUGGUGUCGCCUUCAUUCACGACUCAUUCCUAUUCCAUGAAUCAAAGGUUGCUGCAUUUGGGAGGUGGAAACUCCCUCAAGGUUGCAGCAUCCGAGUAUGUUACCCAAGUUAGAACGCCUACAAAUAGCAUUCUUGCUCCAUCCGGGUAUUAUUUGCUGUAUGUUAUUCAUCAAGGUAUUCCUAGUGUCGGAACUUGGGUUCAUAUCAAGUAAGAUACUUUA